AUGGCUGACGUAGAGGUUCAACGUGAUCAUGACCUGUGGGCUUGUGGGUUUGAGGACAAGCUGAUUGACAUGUUGUACCAAGAAACAUUCGAAGAUAAAUUGGUGGGGUCCAAAAUAACAAACCGUGAUUGUGUCCGACUAGCUGAGCGCCGCAAUAACCUGCGUAUUAAGCGGGUUGAUUUAUCACAAGUGAAGGAAAAAAUCACUCGUCUUAAAAAGAUACAACACCAGUUUACAGAUUUAAUGGGUCAAACGGGCAUGGGUUGGAACCCUAUCACAAAAACUGUAAUUGGUUCGGACGAACAUUGGGCAAAUGUGAUCUGGGUCCGAUCUGAGUGGAAAAAGUUCAAGAACAGUGGUUGUGGCAACUACGAUGUCCUCUGCAUGAUUUUUGGUCAGGCGGUCGCAACAGGGGUGUUGCAUUUUGCCUCAACGCAAGAACCCCCUCUAGAGAAGAAGAGCAGCAUCUAG